AACUUGUUUUUUGGUUGUUAUUUAUAUUGGCUAAUGGUAAAGUUGUGUCUUUUUCCUAAACGCAUCUAUUUUUCCUAGUUGGCUUGUAUAACCAUUUCUAUAUUUCAAUGCGCAAAAGUGGCCAAUUAUAUUGUAGUCCUUAACCAUAAAAAUCUCUGCCUGCAAUCGUCCAUGAACAACCGUUUUUGGUUAAUGAUUAACAGCUUUUGAAAGAGAAAAUUCUACGGCUGUUGAGAGCACCCAUAAUUAAGCGAGCACCGAGACUGGCACGAGGAAGUGGUAACGUAAAAACGGAGCGUUUCCUGGUCUCGGUUGGUUCUUGUCCGAGCAUUUUGAUGUCAUUUUAUAAGACGUCUGUUGAAUAGCAUCACAUAGGACACAUUGCUGUUCUACGUGGACAUCAGGACUGGACAUUUUCAGAUUUCAAUGAAUACCUAGUGAACAGCCACCAUGCUCAGGGGGUAUGAUUCCAGUGCUGACGACUAUGACACUGUAACGUCAUCAUUCAGUGAAGAUUGCCAUGGCUAUGAUUUUGAUGAUUACGUUCCUAUGCCAUCCCGGUACACAUUGCUGCCGCCACCGCGCAACAGGGAUUACAGACAGUCAGCUCACUCACUCACUCAUGCUUCACAGCUAACAACAAGAUUGACAAUUUUGAGAGACGGCCCCGGUGACUUCGUAAACUACGCCCAAGGACGCGAGCUUGUUGCUGACCUUGCCAGCCAUCGUCAGACCGGGGACUUCAUUGAUGUGGUGGUACAAGUCGGGGAUAGGGAGUUCCCUUGUCAUCGUGCCGUGUUGGGAACCACACCGUACUUCAAGACCAUGUUUUCGUCCAACCUAGCCGAGAGUAGUUCAAAGGUAAUACAACUGCACGGGAUUGACGCCAACAGCUUCUCCAAAGUUCUGGACUUCCUGUAUACAGGAGAAAUCAUCAUCUGUAAAGACGAUGUCCAAGACAUUCUGCAAACGGGACACAUGCUACUGUGUGAAAGGAUUCUGCCGUACUGCUGUAUGUUCAUCCAAGCCAACCUCUGCCCGUCCAACUGCCUGGGCGUCAUGCGUCUGGCCGACAUGUAUGGUCUUUCUGACCUGAAUAACAGCUCAAGGAACAUGGCAGUGUCAAACCUCUUUGACGUCACACAAGGCGAGGAGUUCCUUAGCCUUUCGUUGCAAGAGCUCUUAGAUCUACUCGAAGACAAGUAUCUGAACGUCACGCGUAGGAAUGAAGCCGACGUCGUUCAGUCUGUGAUAAGAUGGCUCGACCAUGUCCCUGAGAGCCGUCAAACAGCUGUCGUAAGGAUUUUGAAACAGACCCAUCUAACUUGCGUGAGGGUCCGGAUGAUAAAGGAGCUUGAGCUACUCCCUGUGAUACCGUGCGAGUCCGCAGAUGAAGAAUGCUUGACAAAGAUCAUAGAAGCACAGAAUAAACAACUUCUUUGUAGACAAUUGGCUGUUGCUGCGAAGGGAGAAGAGGCUAAAAGCAGUCCAAGACGCGAGAUAUCGGUGGACCUGGCAAUCAUUGUCGGCGGUUGGAAGGCAGUCAGGAAACCACAUCUUCACGACGAGCACCCCGCGCCCGGCAUUGUGCAGCCAUCGCCCCUGCAAAGCAUAAUUUGCCUAGAUCCAGCUAGUCGUCAGUACUACCACAUCACUGACCUACCGACAACUGUCGCCGGCUACAUGAGCGUGGCAUGCGCAGGAAAAUACCUGUACGUGACAGGCGGGCGCGUCCAUCCUCUGGUCGGCGAGGGUGCUCACACCGCCCCGUCAAGGCAAGCCUUCCGGUACGAUUUCAAGUCAGACAUUUGGGUGAGAUUGCCGGACAUGCCUCGCGGCAGGGCAGAGCACCAUUCGGUGGCCGUUGCCGGCAAACUCCUCCUCGUUGGCGGUGACGUCGAGGAUUCGUCUUUGGUGACCAUGGAUUGCUAUUAUCCUCCAUAUACGCGUUGGAUGAAGUUACCGAAAAUCGGUGGCAAGGUCUACAUCCGUACCGGAUAUACGCAGAGCUCAGACCUAUACAUCUUCGACGCCGAAAACAACACCCUACAUAAGGGGCACUGUUUCGAGUGGAACUUCCUUCGUGCACUGUGUGAGAGCAGCUACUGCUACUAUCAUGGACAGAAGGACAUUGUCGAUACCAUUGGCCACUACAAGUUUCAAUUGUUUGGGUACCAGACCCUCGGCGGCCAGCGACGCCGAUGGAGACCUCCCCUGUCCCGGAGUGCUUAUCUAGGUUGGCGGGAAGAGCCCCGCAAAAGGCAGACGCCAUCCCCUUGGGGCUAUUCCCCCGCCGUCCCUCCCCGGAGUUCUAGUCUAGGUCUGUGGGAAGAACAGACUGAGCUCGAGCUACCAAGCACAUUUUCUGCCGAUCCCGGCGAGAGUCAGACACCCAGGGUACAGACGCCCCUUCCUUUUGCCUUAUUCGGCUACAGUUUCCUCCAAACCCAGAAGAACCGCGUAGCGUGGCACAGCCGGGACCUUACAGUAGUGGAAAUGCAAGAGAUGGACUGUAAGAAGACCGAGGGCUCUGAGUCAGAGUCAGCUUGA